AUGUCAUUACCACACUUUCCAUUCUCCACAAUUACAUAUUUAACCCUACUUUUUGCCUACACUUUAGUUGUGUUAGUUUCGUUAACGGUAGAGUUUCGGAUCAGGCUAACGCAUGUAGAUCGUGGUAAGAACCUCAGCAAAAUCGUGCUCUUACGGCAUGCGCUAGACCGCGACCAGAAGAGGCUGGGAUGGCUUAAAGCUGCAACCUCGAAAAGUCCCGGCAAAAUCGAUUUUUCCAUCUACACAUGGCCCGAAUAUCUAUACGGCGACUAUUUAACAAAUCUAUCCAUCGGGACUCCACCUCAACGCGUCCCGACCAUUAUAUCCACCGGCACCGACCUCACGUGGAUCCAAUGCACGUCGUGCAUAAGAAAGUGCCCUCGAAAUUCAUCCGGCCUCUUCAACACGAAAAAGUCCAUGUCCUACUAUCCAUCGAAAUGCCCAAUCAAGGGACGGCCGCACAACAAGUGCAAGUACAAUUUGACAUACUCUGACGGUAGCUGGUCCAACGGGGAGCUUGCCAUCGAGACCUUUCAUUUCGAGGCGGGAUCAUCCUUGACUCGUAAGCUCUUGUUCGGCUGUGGGUUCAACAUCAGUCGGGACCUCUUCAACGGCUCGGGGGUACUGGGCCUGGGACCGACGAACCGUUCUGUUGUCUCGCAACUCGGCGUGACUGAAUUCUCCUACUGCAUGCCGCCGGCCGGCACCGUAGGGGAGGGCGUGCUCGAGUUGGGGACAGGGGCCGCCCAGACACCUCCUUGCGCCCCAACGACCCGACUCAUUAUGAACACGUCGACUGACCUGUCUGACUCGUUCUACUGGAUCCCGCUCGAGGGGGUCAAGGUGGGAUGGGCAGCCCCAACACCUGUCGACAAGUUGGGGCCAACGAUCAUCAGCACGGGGACCACGCUAACGCACCUCGAGAAGGGUGCGUUCCAGGACGUCAAGCGAAACUUUGCGCGGCACAUCAAGCUCCGUCGAGCCAACGCGAGCAAAAUCGACCCGACUCUCGAGCUCUGCUUCGACGUCCGGGGCAAAAAGAACAUAAACGUCCCGAAGCUUGUGCUGAUUUUCGACGGGGCCAAAGUGGAGUUACCGAAGGAGAGCUACUUCGUUGUGGCCGAUGGGAUCGGGUGCUUGGCCAUGGCGGCCGCCGAGAAGGGUGAGCCCAACAUGUUGGGCAAUUUUCAGCAGCAAAAUAUGUUGGUAGCUUAUAACAUAGCUAACCGGACCAUUUCCUUUGUGAAUACACAAUGUGAUGACAUGUGA